AUGGCACCACCACCUCCGUCGCCGCCACCGGUUUCAUUGAAGGUAGUGCUCCUUUUACUUAGGGUUUUAACCGGCGCAUUCCUUGUUAUAACAGUCAUCAUCCUUAGCACCAAUAGCGUCACCAUUGAAUCAGAUGGAAACGCAUUGAAAUUUCAUUUCAAAGAUGUCUAUGCCUAUAGAUACAUGCUUUCAGCUGCCGUCAUCGGACUACUUUAUGCCGUCGUACAAAUAUUCUUCACAAUCUCAGAACUAGCCACCGGAAUAAAAAACCCUAUUAACUAUCAACUUGAUUUUUACGGUGACAAGAUAAUAUCAUAUGUAGCUGCAACUGGUUCGGCGGCUGGAUUUGGUGUGAGCAAAGAUUUGAAAGAUGCAUUUCUAGCAUUAGUCGCAUUGGAUUCAACUGAACCUGUGGAUAAGUUCUUCAGCAGAGGAUACGCAUCGGCCAGUAUGCUUUUGUUUGCUUUUCUCUGUCUCGCCGUUUUAUCUGUUUUCUCAUCACACGCCAUGGCCAAACGCCAAUUUAGUUAA